AUGAUCAAAUUACUCAAUGCUGAAGAGUCUCGCCUCAUUGAUGUGGCUCUCAUGGGAGAGGAAUAUGGAUUUUCAAAUGAUCAAUUGAUGGAAAUGGCAGGCAUGUCAGUGGCUCAUUCAUGUGUUCAAGCUUUUCCUCUUUCUCACUUUUCACCCAAAUUUUUAGUUAUUUGUGGACCACAAAAUAAUGGAGGUGAUGGUUUAGUAGCUGCUCGCCAUUUAAAACAUUUUGGAUAUGAACCAGUCAUUUUGUAUCCAAAAAAAGAAUCUGCAGAAAAAGAUUUAUUUAAGAGACUCAUUUUGCAAUGCACAACUUUGGGAAUUUCAAUUUAUUUCAGCUUGAAUGAAUUGUUACAGAAUUAUUCCUUGACAGAUUUUACUUUUAUUUUGGAUGCCAUUUUUGGUUAUUCUUUUUCUGGUAAAUCAGGAAUUCGAGAGCCUUUCAAAACAGUGAUUGAAACUGUCAAAAAACCAGAAUAUUCAUCAAUUCCAAUUGUUUGCAUUGACAUUCCAAGCGGAUGGGAAAUUGAUAUCAUAGAUGUUGAUGAAAAUUUAAAACUUGGUUUAAGAUGUGACAUUUUAGUGUCAUUGCCUUCUCCAAAAUUAUGUUCAUUGAACUUUAGGGGAAGACAUUUCAUUGGAGGGCGAUUCAUGCCUCCUCAACUGUUGAAAAAAUUUGGAGUUGAUUUACCACCCUACAAGGGCACAGAUAUUAUAAUGGAAAUUAGUUCAGACAUGUUGAAAAUACCAUCAACUGAUUAA